CCGAUGAACAAACAGCCCGAGGUAUCAAUUCAACGCAGACAGAGAACCACCCCAAACCCUUAGGUUUUCAGUGAAAUCUUAGCAUUUCGAUGGAGGAUUUACAGGAUGCUUGCGAUCCCGUUGAAAGGGAUAAUAGUACGUGUUCGACAUCCACGAGUUCUGGUUACCGGUUAUUUGAUCGACAGACCACAAUUCACCAGUUGAUGGGCGGCGGAAAGGCGGCUGAUGUUCUGUUAUGGAAGAGACAACGUAUUUCAUGGGGCAUCAUUAUUGUUGCAACUGUUGCGUGGCUAAUAUUUGAGCGAUCAGGAUUAUCAUUCUUAACAAUUUGUUCCGAUGUUCUGCUGUUCUUGAUCGUACUGCGGUUUCUACAUGCCAAUUAUGCUUCUUUAAGGAAUAAACAAAUUCAGACGUUACCUGAACUGGUCUUGUCAGAGGAGAUGGUCAAUUAUGCUGCUGCAUCUUUUCGUAUCAAAGUAAAUUAUUUGUUACUUAUGGCGCAUGAUAUCACCCUUGGCAAGGACUUCAGGCUCUUUUUCAUGGUAGUGGGCUUUCUGUGGCUCUUAUCUGUCCUUGGGAGUUUAAUCUCUUUCUUCACCCUUGCCUAUAUAGGAACGAUCCUGUGUGUGACACUACCUGCAUUGUACAAUAGAUACGAAGAGAGAGUUGAUGGUUGUGCUGGUACCAUCCAUCGAAGCUUUUCAAGACAUUACAAGAUUGUGGAUGAGAAUGUUAUGAGCAGACUCCCGCGGAAUUUACCCAAAGACAAAGCGAUGUAACCAUACUCAUACUUUCAUCCCAGAUGCAUUUUGUUGUACAUUUGUUUACAGAUCCUUGCUUUUUCCUCAAUUGGCUGAAGCAUUGACCUUCAUCGUUGUUUUUUGUUAAAUGAAGUAAUGAACCAUGUCAUUCAUAGUGCAUUUUCUAUAUAUUU